CUAAAUCAGAACCCAAACAUUCCUCGGGAGGCAGAGCAUCUCACUGCUCCAAUUGCUGGGCUGUUUAGAGAAGUAUUUCUUUCUUAUGUAUGAAAAAGAACUGGUAGUGUUAGAACGAUGAACAAGGUUCAGAGUUCUUCCACAUUUUUAUUUUGGUUUUUGUUGGAAUGCCUGCUUCAUGUCUGCUGGCUUAAUGCAGAUGAUGUUCCUCCUGCUGAGAAGACAGCAGGCUCACCAGGGAGUAGACAGUUACAAACAACUAAAACUCCUAUGGAACAACCCAGAGAUGCCCUUAAAAUAUUUCGAGGAACAGCUGGAACCUCAGGACCAGCAACUAGACCAACUCUGAAGAUCCUAGAAUCCUGGACCAAAAAAGGAACAUCACAGAAUACUGAUACACCUGAGACUACAGAGGCCGCUUCUGAGUUUGUGGCACUUUCUGCAGUUCCCAGGUCCAACUCGUGGAAUGAAGCAAUAAUUCCACGUAGACCUGGUCUUGUUCAAGUAAUUUCAGUUUCGAGUAUAAGUUUUGUCAUUGCCCUGUUUUGUGGACUAAUGAUCUCCUAUAUGAUAUAUCGGCUGGUGAAAGCUGAGGAAAAACAGCAGCUUGCAAUGUUGUAUGAGAAUCUAGAGAUUCCACUUUUAGAUGAAAAGGAGGCCUCUGAAGAUGAAGGCCAGGAUGAGUCUUCUGAACCACACCCAGAGAAUGAGGAGCUGGGGAAGUUCAUCGGCUCAGUUAUUAGAACAAAAAGAAGGGAAAGCAUUUUAAAGAAGAAGAAGGGAGAGCAAAACCUACUGAACGAAAAUAUGUCAGAGGAUUACAAUUAUACUGAAAAAGCGGAGAGUCAAGAUGAAAUGGAGAAAGAUGAAAAAGGGGGGUAUCUGUGAAAACUGAAGGUAUAACAUAUUUGGGACAAUGUAGAGACCAAAUUGCGUGGAUAACAGAUGACUAAGAACAUGAACAGGAUUUACUUCCAGAGAACCUUGUAGAAGAAUAUGCUAGAGAAAGAAAUGUGAGAAAUAUAUACCUGAAAAUAAAUUCAUAUCAUACAGAGACUCUUGCUUCUUAGUUAUGAUAGUCCAUGAAUAAUUAUAACUUAGGUAGGAUAUAGAAAACAAUUCAAGUUCACUAACAAUGAAGACAAAUUUUUUUUGUAUUUUGGCUCCAUGUCAGAAACAAAGCUUAGUCCUUUUGGGGGAGUCCUCAUGACUGUGAUAACAAAAUAUUUUCAUUAAAAACUUACUAAGUGAUAUUACUAUCAAAUAAGUCAUUUAUCUCAAUUUUACACAAUAAGACAUUGAAGAUAUCUUAAUAAAUAUGCCAUUAGAUUUAGACAUUGGCAUCUCUGUUGGUUUUCAGUUCCAAUGAGGGAACUAGUUCAUGCUGAAGAAUCAAAUAAUGAAAGAAAAUAUCACCAAAUAUCUUAGAGUUUAAGCACAUUUAUUAGUACAUUGUCCAUUUUAGUUAGUACAUUUUAAGUACAUUGCUAAGUACAACCCAACAGUUUUGUGUUGGUUCCCAUUUGUUGCCAUCCUGAGGACAAUUGCUUUGAAAAACAAUCUAGACAUUCCUAUAAAUACCGACUUGCUACAUGACCAAGCAUAUCUACUCCUAUGUAUAUAUCCAUACAAAAAUUUGCACAUGUUUAUGACAGCAUUAUAUAGCCAAACAUGAGAGCAUAUGCCAGCACUUGGGAGGUAGUAAUAGUAAGACUAUGAGUCUGAGGUCAGCCAGGGCUAUAGAGUGAAAUGUUUUCUCAGUAACUGGUAAGCAGAUGAACAAACUGCAACUUAUCUAUAUGACUGAAUAUUUCUCCAGCAAUUAAAGGGGUGAAGUCUGGUGUAUACCCCACAUAUGUGCGUUCAUAAUAAAAACAUUGUACUCAGUGUAAGAAACCAGA